AUUUUUUGUAUUUAUGAUUAAUAUAAUUAUCACUGAUUAAAAUAUUCCAGGGUACUUUGAUUCAGAUUGCUAAGGAACAUGUACUGCAUUGCGACUUAUCGAGAGAUGAUGUCCUCACUUAUUAUACAACAACUGGUUGGAUGAUGUGGAACUGGCUGAUUGUUGGACUAUUUUCUGGAUGUGCUCUUCUGCUUUAUGAUGGCUCCCCACUCCUACCUACUCCAAAUAUUCUCUGGGACCUUGUAGAUAAAUUAGGAGUUACAGUAUUGGGAACCGGGGCAAAGUGGCUUGCAGUAUUAGAGGAGAAAGGAGUUAAGCCUCGCGAAACUCACAACCUUUCUUCUUUAAGAGCAGUUCUGUCUACUGGGUCACCGCUUGCUGAUCAUUCUUUCCGUUAUGUAUAUAAUGAUAUAAAGAAAGACGUACUACUUGGAUCAAUAUCAGGAGGUACUGAUAUCAUUUCGUGUUUUAUGGGAAGUAAUCCCAGUUUGCCUGUGUAUGAAGGAGAGAUUCAGUCCAGGAAUUUGGGAAUGGCAGUUGAAGCCUGGGAUGAAGAUGGGUGCCCUGUGUGUGACAUAAGUGGAGAGCUGGUUUGCACUCGACCUUUUCCUUCAAUGCCAACUCAUUUUUGGAAUGAUGACGGGGGCAUCAAAUAUACCAAGGCUUACUUUGCAAAGUUUCCUCAUACUUGGACGCAUGGAGAUUAUGUAUGCAUCAGUUCAAAGACUGGAGGAAUAACAAUGUUAGGACGAAGUGAUGGUACCCUCAACCCAAAUGGUGUGCGAUUUGGGAGCUCUGAAAUUUAUAAUAUAGUGGAACAAUUUGAAGAAGUUGUUGAUAGUGUGUGUGUUGGUCAAAGAAAUGCAGCCGGAGAAGAACGUGUCAUUUUAUUCCUAAAACUCCAUCCAGAAAUAUCCUUGGCACAGGAGUUUACGAGACGCAUUGUGGUUGCUAUACGAACACAGCUUUCAGCUCGCCAUGUCCCAUCUGUUAUAUUACCUAUAGCUGAAAUUCCAUACACUGUCAGUGGCAAGAAAGUAGAAGUUGCUGUAAGGCAAAUGAUCGAAGGAGAAACAGUCAAGAAUCGCUCAGCUCUUACCAACCCUGAUUCCCUUGACCUUUACGCAAACUUGCCAGAGUUACAAGGAUGGUAGAGGUUUCUCGUUGCAAUGUUAUAUCAAUCAAUGUAAGGACAAGCUUCAUUAGGCCUUUUUAUAUAUAGUAUAUUUUUUUUAGGUAAUGUUAGUGAGCUAUUUCUUUAGAGUUCAAACCAGCAAGCGUUACUUCUGCCAGUUAUGUUAACAUUUGUUGGCUUGUGUGAUUUAAAGAUCUUUAUAUAGUGCACAGAUAAAUGAAUCUCAUACUGAACUGGCUGAUUUUGGAAAUGUUGAUUGCUUCUGUGGCUUUGGUAAUUUUAGGGAAAGCUCUCUUAAGAUAUCUACUAUUGACAGGUGUGGUCAUACAUUCCACUUUCAUAUAUAGCUCUUCUGCUAUACCCAGAAGUUUCAUUGCACAAACAAUAGUAUUAUAUGUACGUACAUUAGAUAAAGCCCUUAAACUGGAUAUUCAAUAAUAUCAAUUUUGGUGUGUAGAUUCAUGUAUCAGCUUUUUCCAAGCAAGUGACAAUAGUAUUGAUUUUUUGCAUCAGGAGUUUAUUACAGAGAUCCUCCGUAUUUGUGGGCGAUGCGUUCCAGACACCCCUCCCCCCCCGAUCGAAUAGGUAAAAUCCGUGAAUAAGCAGUUCACUUGGAACUGCUUAUUUUGAUAGUUCAAACACAAGAAAAACUCUGAAAAUGCUGAUACCUGAAUAUUUUAAUAGUUUUAUCACAAAAAGUGCAUUAGUCAUGAAACUGAUAGAAAAACACAUGUUUAUUGAGUAUUUCUCAGUGAAAAAUACUGUGAAUAGGCAAAUUUUUUGCAAAUAAUGUGUAUAUAGUAUAUUCUAUAGAGAAAACCUCGAAUAGAUGAGUCCGUGAAUCUUGAGAGCACUAAUACAGGGUGUUCACUGUAUGAUCUGAAUUUCAAAAUAGCAUAAUUUUUAUACAGUCUUUUAGAAUCUCUAUAUUACAGCAUUAAGGUUUUAGAAAGUUUUUUUUAUUUUUAUAUUUCAACAAUGGAUAGAAAAUUCAUGCUCUUUAGUUUCUCGCUUUCCUUUCAAGAUAGUAGUUCCUCGUUGGGUGAGUGGUUUUUGUGCUCGCCUACCAAUCUGCUGGAAUCAGAGAAAUUUAUUUCUGGUGAUUGAAAUUAAUUUCUUGAUAUAAUGUGGUUCUAAUACGACAAUAAGCUGUAGGUCCCGUUACUCGGAAACCAAUUGGUUCCUAGCCACGUGAAAAAUAUCUAAUCCUUUGGGCCAGCCCUAGGAGAGCUGUUAAUCAGCUCAGUGAUCUGGUUAAACUAAGAUAGCUUAACUUUUAAGAUAGUAUCUCCUUUCAUCUUGCUUUCCAACAACACUAUCUUCUAACUCAUACUCCCUAUUAUGUUUUGAUGCAUAAUACUCAUUUGCUGUUUGUUCUGAAAUUUGCUGAAUGAGCUCUUUAGUACAGUAUUAUUUAUUUAUGAUGUGAUUUUUCUUAAGAACCUUCCUUUUCUAAAAUUUUAAAAUAAGUAUAUUGCCUGAUCAUUAAGUAUACAAAUAAAUUGCAUCAUUGCAAAGCAGAAAACAGUUUUGAUUAUUAGGUCUGUUCUGUCACAAUUUUGGGUAAUGUUGUCUUAUUUGUUUUUUAACUCUUAAUAUGUAAAUAGAAUUUGUGGUAAGAAAUGAAUUAUGGAAUGUUGGCUUAACCUUCCAGAAAUGUCUUAUUUCUGCAAAAUCGGUUUGAAAGGCUUUGGGACCAGGAGGGUAGUGAACAGGUACUACUUCCUUGUAGACUUGGUUACAUGCAUAUUAGAAUAUUUCCAGUAAAUUAGACGUAAAUUGAAAAUUACCUUUUCCAGGUAAGAAUAAUUUUACCAUACAGAAUUUAUGUGUGAACUUGGUAAAGUAAGAUUACUAUUUUACCCUCCAAAGCAUAGUUGUACUAAAAAGUGUGUACUAUUUUUAUUUUUUAACUAUAGCUAUAACAAAGCAUAAUAUUGUUUUAUGUUUGUUAAGCUGCUUUCUUAAUGUGAAAGACAGCUUUACAUAUAGUUUGCCCCGUUUGGAAAAUAUUCGUAAUGGUUGUUCACCAACCUGCUUUAUGCAUUAUUCUGGCUAAAGCUCCUUUGUUAAAUGAGAAGGUAGAGGAGAUUUUGAUGAAGAUUCUUUGAAGUACGAUUCAAAGAUGAAACAUAGUGAAGUGUGUUGCUAUUGCAGGCAGCCCCCGGUUAUCUGGGAUCUAGGUGCCAAUAAUAGAGUUACGGCACCAUAACAUACAAAAGAGGUGCCAUGAACAGGUUAUCAGCGCCAUAAACACCAUAAAUCACCAAGUUUCAAUUAAUGGCGGUUUUUGCGUAUCGGCAGCAUGUAGAGAACAGAACCCCCACAGAUAACCAGGGACUGGCUGUGCAUACUAGUAAACUUUUUGAAUGCUAGUUACAUUCUCAAUUUUUCUUAGGCCUGGAAUUAAGUACAUACAUAUUAUGAAUAAGUCUAGCUAGUAGUAUAUUUGGUGUCUCAACAGUAAAGAGCCAAAACAUGUACGUAUACCUAUUUUGUUUAAAAAGAUUUGAUAAGAUCAUAUUCAACUUCCAUUGAGUUAUAAUGAUAAAAUAAAACUCAAUAUUACACUUUUGUGAAGGAAUGUAAAUAUUGUAUGUUUAAUCAUAAGUUUGGAAGUAAAACUGAUUAUGUGUUUAUCAGGUUUUGUUAAGUAAUACAGUGGCCCCCCCAUAUUCGCGGUGGAUGGGCGUACCUUGAC